GUUGUACACUACAGUCCGCACAGCCUUUUAGCAUCUACUGUAGUUCAUCAGCUCUGUCACGCUUUCUUCAUUCCCCGUCUUUUUAUUCUCCUCCGAUUCCAUUGAGCUUUACGUGCGCAUUGUUGAAGCAUUUUCUGUGACAACUCCGCGGAUAAAGAUUCCGAUCGGUUUGGGGAAGGAAUACUCUGAUCGGAGCUGGCUUUGAGUUUCAGAGCUUGAAAGUGGAGUUGCUGUGAUUUGAUCUGAUUCUGGGUCGGGUUUUAAGGGAAAUAAAGAAAAAGAACGAGGAUAGAGGGAAAAAAGAUGAACGGAGGAGGGAGGCAGGGACAGAGAUCUGGUGCUACGGGAGUGCACCACCAACGCCAGUACUCGGACAACUUUCUGGACAGCUCAUCCAAUGGGAGGUGGCUGCAAUCAGCAGGUCUUCAACACCUUCAAUCCUCCGGCAAUCCCAUUCCUCCCCUUCAGGACUAUAACUUCUAUGGUGGAGGAGGGAUGGGAGGUAGAAUGUUCAGGAAUCCGCAAAGGAGCUUUAAUGGGGCGAAUGAGUAUUACACAGAACCGUCGACACCGCCUGGGAAUCACCGGUCUUUAAAUCAGAGGAAGAAUGGUGAAGAUUCACCUGGUGAUUUUAGCCCUGGGCUUUUGGAUCUGCAUUCAUUUGAUACCGAGCUUCUUCCUGAGAUGCCAGUUACCAAUGUGUAUGAGAGUAGUUCCACGUAUCAUCCUGUUCGGGGUAGAAGCUUUGAUGACUCUGAACCAUACAUUCCAAACAAACAGACUGGUAGAGCUCGUGCUCCGGAAAACAACCUCUUCAAGAGUUUUUCUGCAGACAAAGAGAAAUCUAGUUCUGUAGCAAAAAUUAAAGUUGUGGUGCGCAAAAGACCAUUGAAUAAGAAGGAGCUAACAAAGAAUGAGGAAGAUAUUGUAGAAACAUACUCCAAUUCUUUAACAGUGCAUGAAACUAAACUUAAGGUUGACUUGACUCAAUAUGUAGAAAAGCACGAAUUUGUUUUUGAUGCUGUCUUGAAUGAAGAGGUUACGAAUGAUGAGGUUUAUUGUGAAACAGUGGAGCCCAUAGUUCCAAUAAUCUUUCAACGCACGAAGGCAACUUGCUUUGCUUAUGGGCAAACAGGUAGCGGAAAAACAUACACAAUGAAGCCACUUCCGCUUAAGGCAUCAAGGGACAUCUUGAGAUUGAUGCACCAUACUUACAGGAGCCAGGGAUUUCAGUUGUUUGUGAGUUUCUUUGAAAUAUAUGGUGGGAAGCUUUUUGACCUCCUUAAUGAUCGAAAAAAACUUUGCAUGAGGGAGGAUGGAAAGCAGCAAGUUUGCAUUGUGGGUUUGCAAGAAUACAGAGUCUCGGAUGUAGAGACCAUCAAAGAGUUGAUUGAGAAAGGAAGUGGCACAAGAAGUACUGGCACCACAGGUGCAAAUGAGGAAUCUUCUCGGUCACAUGCAAUACUUCAGCUUGCCAUCAAGAGGUUAGUUGAUGGUAACGCAUCCAAGCCUCCCCGUCCUGUUGGCAAGCUCUCCUUCAUAGAUCUUGCUGGAAGUGAACGUGGAGCUGAUACCACAGACAAUGACAAACAGACAAGAAUUGAAGGAGCUGAGAUCAAUAAGAGCUUACUUGCCUUGAAGGAGUGCAUAAGAGCUCUAGAUAAUGACCAGGGACAUAUCCCUUUCAGAGGCAGCAAAUUGACUGAGGUUUUGAGGGAUUCAUUUGUUGGCAACUCCCGCACUGUUAUGAUUUCAUGCAUAUCACCAAGCUCUGGCUCGUGUGAACAUACGCUUAACACAUUAAGAUAUGCUGACAGGGUGAAAAGCCUGUCAAAAGGGAACAAUCCUAAAAAGGAAGUUUUAUCUUCAAAUUUCAACCCUAAAGAAUCAACUACCAUGCCUUUAUCUGCGGUUACUGCAUCAACCUAUGAGGACCGUGCAGCAGAUACAUGGCCUGAAGAAGAUGAGGAUGAUGAAUUUAGUCCGUCUGAAGAGUACUAUGAGCAGGGGAAACCUUCCUGGAAGAAAAAUGGGAAGAUAGAAUCAUACAGUACUGCUCAGGACAAGUUAAAGAAGCCCAAUGGUCAGGUCAGAUGGAAAGACGUGCCAAAAGUUGAAUCCACUACACAUUCAGAUGAUGAUUUGAAUACCCUCCUCCAGGAGGAGGAGGACCUUGUAAAUGCUCACAGGAAACAAGUAGAAGAUACCAUGAGUAUUGUCAGAGAGGAAAUGAAUCUCUUGGUUGAAGCUGAUCAACCAGGCAAUCAAUUAGAUGGUUAUGUAACAAGAUUAAACGCCAUUCUAUCUCAGAAGGCUGCUAGUAUCCUGCACUUGCAAGAUCGUUUAGCUCACUUCCAGAAACGCUUAAAGGAGCAUAAUGUUUUGGUUUCCGCUGCUGGUUACUAACAUCGUUUAGCAAGGAAGGAAAAAGUUAUGUGCUUCAUAAACUAAAUGUGAAACCAUGCAUUUCUGCGGUUCAGUUGGAGAUUACGUGAGAUCCGGCAUAUCAGGCGGCAUUAUGCUAGAUGAUUCAUAAUUAUUCUGUAUCAUGAUUAUUCUCCCUGGGACCAGAAGCUGAAAGUCUUCACUUUAUCUUUACUCAGCAUUCAUGUAUAAAGCUCUAUGUUGAUGUCUGGGGGUUAUGAACGGAUUCUUUAUUAUUAAAUAGUCUACUGCUUAUUCGGAAGUAGAUAAUUAUGGGAAACUGCUAAGAAUUUAUUCAUUCAGCUUGGAGGCAUAUUCUGCAGCUGUAAAUACCUCCUGAUGUGCAUUGCUGAAAGCGUUGCUAUGGUAAUAAUAAUAUAUCAUAAUUCUUACUGUA